GAGACGCAGAGACAUAGGCAGAGGGAGAAGCAGGCUCCGUGCACCGGGAGCCCGAUGUGGGAUUCGAUCCUGGGUCUCCAGGAUCGCGCCCUAGGCCAAAGGCAGGCGCCAAACCGCUGCGCCACCCAGGGAUCCCGGUCUUUUUUUUUUUUUUUUAAGGCUUAUUUAUGAUGGGGCAGUGGAGGGCAAAGAUGAUCUCAAGCAGACUCCCCACUGAGCUCAGAGCCCACCGCAGGGCUCGAUCCCACAAACCAUGAGCCAAAAUCACAAGUCAGAUGCUCACCUGAGCCACCCAGGAGCCCCCCCUAGACAGGGCCUUUUGAGGGCUAAGUGGAUAUCAGAAGCACAAGAGUUUUUAGAAUCUGAGGGAGAAACAGCCCUAAUCAGAUCAUUUCUCUAAUGAUGGUGUAAUUAAGGGAACUAAGAGGUCUGAGAGAAAAGUUUAGGGAGCACCAAGGGGCUGAGUCUUGGGGGGUCAGGGAAGGCUGCCCAGAGGGGAUGGUGCCUAUUCUGAGAUCAGACGGGAUGAGAAGGGUCAUGUGGGCCGCUAUAACUUUUUUUUUUUUUUAAGAUUUUUUAAUUUAUUCAUGAUAGAGAAAGAGAGAAAGAGAGAGAGAGAGAGAGAGAGAGAGAGAGAGAGAGAGGCAGAGACACAGGAGGAGGGAGAAGCAGGUUCCAUGCCAGGAGCCUGACAUGGGACUCGAUCCCGGGACUCCAGGAUGGUGCCCUGGGCCAAAGGCAGGCACUAAAGCGCUGAGCCACCCAGGGAUCCCCUAUAACUUGGGUUUGAACCUAAGAACAAUAAUGCAGUUGCUGAGGGGGUUAACCAGAUUUUCAAUCUAGGAGACCCUUCUCUGGAAGGUAAAGCUAGCCCAAGGCGGGGACUGAGGAGCGGGAAGCUUGGGGAAGCCAGGAAAGGCAGUGCGGCAUCCAGAGGGGACUGGAUGCUCACCGAGACUACCGCGGUAGUUAGGAGAAAGCUGUCAAUAGAUAAAGGGUCAUUUGGGAAGUGAAAUAAGGCUUGGCCACAGGUAGAGCCCAGCAUGCCUCCAAGCCACAAGAUGGGCAGCCCCACAGCACCCCUCUUGUGAGAGGGAAGACAGCACCCGAGACACGGAAGGUCACCAUGUGUCACCACGUGUCACCACGGUGGAUAGAGCCUUGGUGUUUCAGAUUUCAGGGAGGAGGCGAAGGCAACAAAGAGCUGAGGGAGAGAGGGCGCCAAAGGACAACAGGCAGCCAUGCCUGAUGCUGUCGGGAGGUCAGGACUAGACACCUGGCCAGUGUGACAGCCUCAGGAUUGAGGGACUUGACGUCAGAGCUGGGAUCGGGAUCCGCAAAGCUAGGGCUCAGGCUGGAAGGCGGAGGAGCUGCUAACAUCCCCCGACCCAGGCCUGACCCAGAUGGAGCUGUCUGUCCCUCUGUACAGACUGAGGACUAGGGAGCAGGAUGGAAAGCCAGGCGAGGACACCUCCCCUUUGACAAGCUGCCUGGGACCAGAGGCAAAGGUGAAAGUGAAAGAAGAUGCAGAAAGGGGCCAGCCAAGCUCAGGAAAGGUGAAAGCGAAACCAGGAAGCCCCGGACCAGCCAGGCGGGUGCGGGACAGAGGACCCGGCUUGGGCCUUUCUUGCUCUGCGCUGGUCGCACAGAGACCCCCAACCCCUGGACCACCCUGCCCACCUGGAGAUGCUGAAGCUGGCGUUAGAGCCCCAACGGGGCUUCUCCUUCGAGAACUGCCAGAGAAACGCAUCCUUAGAACGCGUCCUCCCGGGGUUCCGGAUCCCUCAUGCACACAAGACCGGAACCACCAUCGCGGGCCUCGUGUUCCGAGAUGGAGUCAUCCUGGGCGCGGAUACGCGGGCCACUAACGACUCGGUCGUGAUGGAUAAGAACUGCGAGAAGAUCCACUUCAUCGCCCCCAAAAUCUACUGCUGUGGGGCUGGAGUAGCCGCGGACGCCGAGAUGACCACGCGGAUGGCGGCGUCCAACAUGGAGCUACACUCCCUGUCCACGGGCCGCGAGCCCCGCGUGACCACGGUCACGCGCCUUCUGCGCCAGACCCUCUUCCGGUACCGGGGCCACGUGGGCGCGUCGCUGCUGGUGGGCGGGGUAGACUUCUCGGGACCGCAGCUCUACAGCGUGCACCCCCACGGCUCCUACAGCCGGCUGCCCUUCACCGCCCUGGGUUCCGGCCAGGACGCCGCGCUGGCGGUCCUGGAGGAUCGGUUCCAGCCGAACAUGACAGUGAGCAACACCUGUCUGUCCCCCACUACGUGUUCACUGACGGGAAGCGCACGCGGGAGUUGGGACGAUCAUCAGCGCCAGAGUUUGAACUGCCUGGAGAAGUCAAAGCUCAGGACCAUGUGAAGCUGAGGGAGGAGGGAACGGCAAGUGGGGUCUGGAGUCCCGAUUCUGUUUGAGGUGGGAUGGAAGUGGAUGACAGGUGUUGCUUCAGAGGCGCCUAAGGCCCGGAAGUGAAAGAGCAGUGAGCUGGUAGUUUGGGGACCGAGACGCAUUGGUUGGGGGGGACAAUCCUGGAAGCAGAACCGUAAGUGUAAGAGAAAUUUGUGAACAUGGGGCAGUGAGACAGUCUCUGGAGAGAACGAGGCAGAGGCCAGGGCAAGGGGUCUGGGUAGGAGCAAAUGGUAAAUAGUCUGGGCUUUGAGAUGAGCAGAAACCUGUAGGCUGUAGGCUGAAGGGCGCCAGCAGGGUCCGGCAGGUCUCCCCCACACGUAUCGUCACAGCUAGAGGCUGCGCAGGAGCUGCUAGUGGAAGCCGUCACUGCUGGGAUCCUGGGUGACCUCGGCUCCGGCGGCAGUGUGGAUGCAUGUGUGAUAACGGGGACCGGCGCCAAACUUCUGAGAACGUUAAGCUCCCC